AGGUUGAAAGGAAGACAUGAACAAUUUUCUUGGCCCACUGACAGCGCCGAUCGCAAUGCGUUUGAGACCCAGAUAUAUUCCUUCAGGCUCCACGAUGGCUUAGUCAACGCUUGAAUGCAACGCCAACAAAGCUCAACAGGCCGUCCUUGCUUGAAUCUUACUCACUUUCAUCCUCGCUCAUCUCAGUCUCAAUUGUCGUCGGAUUCAUUAUCGGGAACUUCGACCCAACACGGUUCGUUCAAGCCACGAAAUGUUAAUGACAGAUACAUUCACUAGCCAAAAUGAGUGAAACAGAGAAUAAAGUGUCUGAUGUUUCGACACAAACAGUACCGUCUUCGGAGGCUCCUGAGUUGGCAAAGCCAUGGGUUGAAGACGCCAAGUACCUUUUAGUCGACGACAACAAAGUCAACAUGAAAUUGAUGAAGCACCACUUUGAUAAACUCGGUCUCAAAUAUAACAUCGCAUGGAACGGCCAAGAAGUCGUCGACAUGUACAAGGCGCAUCCCGAGCGGUGCAGACUGAUACUGCUCGAUAUUUCCAUGCCUGUCAUGGGCGGCAUGCAGGCUUCACUUCUUAUAAGACAGCAUGAGAGCGAGAACAAUCAUCAGCCUGCUGUCAUCGUUGGACUUGUGGCGGGGGAUAUUGAGACGGAGAAUCGACGAAUGGUGGAUGAAUUUGGAAUGAAUACGACGUUCAAGAAGCCGGUUAGGAUGGAAGGACUUCAGGAACUUGUUAACAAUUGGCCUGUUUGAAGGAGUGGGGAUUGCGGGAUGAUUGACUUUGAGAUGCCGAUGUCGUGCGAAGGGCGUGAAUCACGAUUAUUAAUUGAUGAUUCAUGGUAGCAAGUUUGUCAACGAUAGGCCACAGAAAUGCAGCAUGGAUAAAGUUAAGAGAUAUCAGCUUCGGGAUGAGUCAUCGAGAAUA